UCUCUCUGUGUGUGCAGUCUUCACCAUGUCAAGACCUUCCCACUUCAUCUUCAACCUCCCGCAAGAUGUUAUCUUCGAUAUCCUUUCUCGUCUUCCCACCAAAUCCCUAAUUCAAUUCAGAUCCGUCUGCACUUCCUCUCCACCCUUAAUCUCUCACCCUUCCUUCACCAAACUCCAUCUCUCUUCCCCCGCCGUCGACGCCGCCGACCACCACCUCCUCAUCUACUACGAAUCCACCGAUUACAUCCACCAAUUCUACUCCCUCCGCUCCCCAAUCACCUUCCAAGAGACCCUCAAAUUCCAAAUCCCUUACAAACACCUUCAUGGCUACCUCCGAAUUGUCGGAUCCAGCAAGGGCUUAAUCUGUUUCUUCGAUACCAAUUACUACUCCAACGUCGGCAGGUUAAUUCUCUACAACCCUAGUAUUCACAAAUUCAGGAAAAUCGAUGAUCCUCUUCACGGGUCUGAUAGGUUUUCGCAUUACGUUGUUGGGUUUGGUUUUGUUUCCAGGAUUUUCGAGUUUAAGAUCGUUGUGAUUGCUUAUUAUUUUGAUUCGUUGAAGCUUAAUUGUGUGUUGGUUUAUUCUCUGAGUACUAAUUCAUGGAAGAAAUUGGAAGAUUUGAUUGCUCCAUGCUAUUUGAUCAAGGGUUGGUCUAGUAAUGUGUUUGUGAAUGGUUCUGUGAAUUGGUUGGCUUCUAAAGAUGCAAUUAGGGGUGUAUCUCAUACGAUUAUGGCUUUCGAUUUGGAUGAUGAACGGUUUCGUGUUCUUGAAUUGCCGAAGAAUGUCGUCCCUAAUUACGAUCAAGUAUGCUUAGCUUCAUCAAUGAAUGGCGAGUGCUUAUCGUUGUGUGCUCAUUAUCUUGGAGGUAAUGGCGAUAAAUGGGAUGUAUGGGCGAUGAGCGAUUAUGGGGUGGUGGAUUCUUGGAAGAAAGUUUGUGUCGUUUCGCAGCCUGGGUUGUCGAUUCCACCAUUGUUGAUUAGAGAUGAUGAUGAGAUUUUGGUGGUGAUGAACGAUGGUCGGCUUAUGCUUUAUAAUGUGGUUAAGGGGGAAAUGCGGGAUCUUGAAACGUGUGGUUUGGCUCGGACUUUUCGUGCGGUUAGUUAUACCGCUAGCUUAGCUUUGCUUCAUGGUUGAGUCGGGAAUCGCCCUGAGGCAAGAAUCUAUACACUCUUUUCUUUCGUUCAUACGGUUUUCGUUCUUGUCAUAUUGGUAAUUGUGGAUGCAGAAUUGUGUAAAUUUUUGUGGGUAGAUACUUAGAUUGUUAAAAGAUACAUGUUUUACAAGUUAAUAGAGUUUUUAUGUGAAUUUUUUUGGCCAUCAUGUAGUUGUGUUUGUGCUCGUAGGAGGAAAAAUCUGC